ACGAUCGAUUUUAUUUACAGAUACAUAUCCGAGCGUAUCAGGCCGUUUCCCGCCAUUUUCGACCGUAUCCAAGAAUAGAUUCUUAAUCUACAAGGCGUCAGGUACGCGCUGGAAUGGCCGGCAACGACCGGAAACGAGUUUAAGCGGCCGGAAGAACGUCCGGAAACGUUUUCGUAAAUAAGUCGUACCGUGGGGGUAGUAAUGACUUUUCCUCCCUAAAUUAAUAUAGUUAUAAAGGCGCGCAACGGACCGCCAACCAUGGCAGCAGACAAGGCGGAAGACGCGGCGAUUCCGGCGGCGGCUCCGCGUGGCCGUUACGUCAGCAAGAGGGUUCUUAAGAACAAAGCCGUCGCCGUCACCUUCAACGAGAAAAGUCUCAGUGACUUUGUGUCUGGGUUUCACAAGAGGAAGAAGAAGAGGAGAAAGGAGGCUGAGAAGAAGCAAGGGGAGGCUUUGAGGCGUAAGCUUCUUGAGCUCCGCAAAAAGAGGAGACUAGAAAAGGAAUUGGCUCUCUUCGGAGGAGCUCCCCCAACUGCUGAGGGAGAAGCUGACGUGAAUGAUGAGGAAGAUGUGAGCCAGAUGCACCGAUUUCUGGUACAACAACGUAUGAUAAUGGUGACAUAAAAGUCACAGUGACAACCAGCGAGAUCUCUCAAGAAGAGGAAAUCCAUCCAGUAAAGAAGACAGAGGCUGUAGUGCCAGAAACACUUGGAGCUAAUAAAAAGAACAAUGUUCCUGUUAGCAAAAA